GCUGUCAAGCAGUGCAGCCCCUGCUCCGCCGCCGUGCAGAGCUCCUCCGGCGCCGCGCUGCCCUACGGCUACUUCGGCAGCGGCUACUACCCGUGCCGCAUGACCCACCACAACGCCAUCAAGUCCUGCGCCCAGCCCGCCUCCACCUUCGCCGACAAGUACAUGGACACGUCGGUCUCCGGCGAGGAGUUCACGUCGCGGGCCAAGGAGUUCGCCUUCUACCAGGGCUACGCGGCCGGGCCCUACCAGCCGGUGCCCGGCUACCUGGACAUGCCCGUGGUGCCCACCAUCGGCGGCCCCGGCGAGCCGCGCCACGACUCUCUGCUCCCCAUGGACAGCUACCAGCCGUGGGCCAUCACCAACGGGUGGAACGGGCAAGUGUACUGCCCCAAGGAGCAGAGCCAGCCGCCUCACCUCUGGAAAUCCACCCUCCCGGGUAAUCCACCUGCGCUCCUCUCCG